UCGACACCAACUGGCUCAUACGCCUAUGCGUCAGCGAAUAUGUCACAGCCUCGUACAUGCUUUCUGCUGCACACUUCCCUUCCACAUUGUAUCCUGCUUCUUACCCUUCUACUCCCAUUCCGGCAGCUCGUUCAAUUCCUCCCUACUUGCCCUAUCCGUACACCGCGCCGCAGCAUCAGUUGCCGUAUGCCUAUAGCUCUCCACCAGGACCUCUGCCAUCAUACUACCAUGUGCCGCAAGUGGCACAACCAGUAUAUGACAACUCACCUCAUGGAAGACCACCCGGGACGAUAGCAUCUCCUCAUAGUGCAGG